AUUACCAAAAUUUAGUUGGGUCCAAUUCGCGAUUUUGAGAUCGAAGCUAUCCAUAUUUCGUCCAUAUUCGAUAUUCGCAGAGGAGCUCGACUUCGAUUCCCACCAGCAAUGGCAAGCGCUAAUUGCUGGAGGUGCCUGGCACGGCCCUCGCAGAGGAUCACUUUGCCUACCUCCCUAUUAGCGACAUCAUCACCAGCAGCACCUACGGCGGCUUUCACGACUUCGGCUACGCAAUACACAAAAGCAAUGCGGCCGGCUCCAAAGAGCAAAGCUAAAGUCGUUGGUGAUGGCGGUAUGUCGAGACAUAUCCGUGCUGGAAAGAUGUUGAUUUUGAAUUCCAAGAAGAAACGAAGUCCGGAUAAAUUUAAACCACCGGCAUCGGGGGAACGAAAGGCUUUUCGAAAGCGUAUCCAGCUCACCAACGAUAAUGCGCUGGAGGUGAAGGGCCUACCGGAACUUACGGCUGAGAAUAUCAUAGACUCCGAAUCCGUAGGCAAAGUGAUCGGCUUCCCGGGGGAAUUGAUAGAUCAAUUAAGAGCUAGCGAGGCCUUCAAAGCGACACAAAACUGGAGCCUGUUUCGAUCACCGCAUUUGUUGGUUAGACAAGAAACGGUCGACCUAGCGAAACAACUUACAGAGGCUGCUAGCAAGAAAGAGACGUUAAGAUUGGUGCUUAAUGGGGAGAGAGCGGCUGGAAAGAGUAUCCUUGGUCUCCAAGCACAAGCCGCCGCGUUCUUGAACAAAUGGAUCGUCAUAAAUAUCCCAGAAGGCCAAGAUUUAGUCACAGCAGCAACCGAGUAUGCUCAUAUACCCAAUUCCGAGAUGUACUCGCAGCCCACCUACACGAUCAAGCUCUUCCAAGCCAUCUCCAAAGCCAACCAUGCCGUGCUUUCGCAACUCAAGGUCGAGCUGGACCACCUGCACCUCCCGAUCUCGGUGAACCGCGGCACGUCGCUCGCGGCCCUCGCCACCGCCACCAAGGAGCCCGAGUUCGCCUGGCCCGUCUUCCAGUCCUUCUGGAGAGAACUGAUGCAGCCCGGCCGCCCGCCCAUCCUGUUCACCCUCGACGGGCUCAGCCACAUCAUGCGCGUCAGCGACUACCGGACCCCGUCCUUCGACCUGAUCCACAGCCACGACUUCGGGCUGAUCCGGCUAUUCACCGACGCUCUCGGCGGCAAGUCCAAGUUCCCUAACGGCGGCGCCGUCCUCGGCGUCUGCACAAAGGGCAACACUCCCAUCCUCCCAUCCUUCGAAAAGGCGCUAGAGCAGGCCAUCGCCGCCCGCGACGGCCAGCCCCUCCCGCCCCGCGACCCCUUCUACCGCAAGUACGACGAGCGCGUGUUCGAGGCGAUGAACGGCGUCCAGGUCCUCGGCGUCCGCGGCGUGUCGAAGGCGGAGGCCCGCGCCCUCAUGGAGUACUGGGCCGCGAGCGGCAUCCUGCGCAUGCGCGUCGACGAGAAGAGCGUCAGUGAGAAGUGGACACUAGCCGGAAGCGGCAUACUCGGCGAGAUGGAACGGGUUGCGCUUUAUGAUGUGCGUAUGUCGAUGUAAAAAAGGAUGGGGGGAUAAUGAGGGAUCGGGACUUAGGACUUGUAAAUCUGUAUAAAGAGUUAAACAUAUGUGUCUAUGUCUAUGAGAUGUGUGAGGUGAUGACUGUUUUGGUUGAAUGGUGAUUUGUUUUAGGAUUUGCUGAUUGGUUGAAGCUUUGUUCCUGUAAGACUGAAUUUUAGGUGGUUUAUGACCAACUAGGUACCUACCUAGCGAGAAAUGUGUAUAAUACAAUGACUCUGGUUUAAAUUGAUUGUGUACUUAGGUAGGUAAGCCAAUAUAGAGA